AUGACCUUGUCUUCCGAUACCUCAAAGCUAAUACUAGAACAGGAAGAGGAAGAACAAGAGAAAGAAGAGAAAGAAGAAAAAGAAGAAAAGGGAUAUUCUCAAGGAUAUCAAGAUUCUUCACAAUAUCUUCAUUGGCGAUACUCUUCCGAACAGCUUUAUACCAUACGAUAUGAGUUGAACAUGAAAUGUGCCGAGAAGAUCAAGACGAAUCAACGAUUGGAAAGGGAAGCUCAAUUAUCCCUCGGCCACGACCUCACCCCAUAUACGGAACCCCCCAGAUUGAACGUAACAGACGAACUCGUAUUGAUCCGUUUUUAUUCUUCUCAAAUCUCUCAAAUAUGUAGAAAAGGUUUCGGUUUACCGGAAAUGGUGGAAAAUACUGCUAUAACGUAUUUGAAAAGGUUUUAUCUUAAGAACAGUGUGAUGGAUUGGCAUCCGAAGAAUAUCAUGCCAACAUGUCUAUUCUUAGCUGCCAAAACGACCAAUCAUCCAAUCCCAAUAGACAUAUUCGUACCGAAAUUCGCAAAACUUUCCCCGGGGGAUAUAUUCGAUACGGAGUUCUUGGUUGCUCAAAGUUUGAGUUUUCAAUUUUGGAUAAGAGGACCUGAAAAGGCUUUGAGAGGGUUUGGAUUGGAUUUUCAAACACUACCCAACCCCGAACCGAUAUCUUCAACAUUAUCCAAAGCUGCCCAUUACCUAUCCCAAUCCAGAUUAACAGACCUAGAAUUCUUUUAUACACCAUCACAAAUCGCUUUAUCAUGCUGGUCCCUUUCUUCUCCUUCUUUAGUGGAUAAAUGGUUAGAUGAGAAAUACGAUUCUCUAUCCACCCUUUCCAUUCAAUCUUCAUCUACUCAUCAUGAUCCCUCGGACUCUUCUCUUAAAGAAGUUGAUAAACGUUUAAAAGGGAAUAUGAACCCUGAGAAAAUACCAGGUACCGCUUUGUGA